CAAAAAUAAUAGUCAUGAAUCAAAGUGUAGCCAGUUAAACAGAUUAAACUAUUGAACUGGAAAAGAAGAACCUAAAUUUCUAAUAAACACUGGUUUAACCUCCUGGGAAACUGCUCUACCCUGGAAAUAAUCUAAAUUUAAUCCAUAGCAAUAAAUAAUUUCAAGACAUGUGGUCAUGAUUCUUAGAGAACAGUGAGAAAUAGUUCCUUUCUACACCUCUCUUUGGAUCAAAUAUUUAUUCAUCUAACUUGUUAGAAAUCUUCAUCCUUAAUUCUCUCUGUAGCAGGAAGAAAAGUGUUAUUUAGAGUGUGUAGUGUAAUGAGGUACAAUAUCCUGUGACACUUUUUGUAAUAAAAUGAUAUCUGUAAUAAAACAUAUGUAGGCCACACUAAGUAAAGAACAUUUAUUAGCAUUUCAUUUAAAAUGUCAUGGCAUCAAAAUUUAUAGCAGUGUUCAUCAGUGCAGAAUUUAUUUCUGGUGUAAAACAGCUAAAUGUUUUAAAAGGUUACUUAAAGUGGACAAGUAAUACUUUUAUUACUUUCCUCAACAAAACGCUGGAAAUGUAAUGUUUCAGUAUAAACAUACAUCUCUCUCCAUCUAUAAAGCUAUUAAACAAACAAACAAAUAAAUAAAUAUACAGCCAUUAUUAACUAUUUCAUCAUCAUCAAUAUUUAAUCAUUUUAAUGUAGAAUUAAUUCCAUUUGGGAAAUUCACCCUGGGAGGUGGGUUUUUUCCAGGAAAAUAAACGGUUCUUUAUGCUGGACGUGUGCAUUUUGGACAUGCGCAGGAUUUAUAGCUGUUUUUAAAGCAUUUCACAGAGACUGAUCCUGAACUGCAGGUUUCUGUCAGGUUCACUGCAUCCUGUAUAUAUCAGUGGUUACAGAAUUAGAAUUGGAACCUUGGAAUCAGAACAUUGCGAGAUGAAAAGCUGAUCUGCAUCAGCACAAUCCACAUUCAGAUGAAAGUUGUACAUUCAGUAGCUCUGACUUGCAUAAAAACUGGACAGAAAAUAAGUAAACAGGAAGAAGAGAAGGGAAUGCAGAGGAAGGUGGACGGGAUGUCUUGCAACAUCAUCAAUGAGCUGCGGUUAGAGAAGAAGCUCUGUGAUGUAGUCAUCAUGGUGGAUGGCGCCGAGUUCCACGUGCACAAGAACAUCCUGUGCAGCUGCAGCCCAUACUUCAUGGUUCUCUUUACCAAAGGCUGGUACCCUCCUGAUAAGCUCAGGUACAGCAUCCCUAACGUUUCCACCGAGAUAAUGGAGCUGGUCGUGGAGUACGCGUAUAUAAGACGUGUUAACAUCACAGAGAAAAACGUGUGUAAGCUGCUGAUCGCUGCUGAUUAUCUGUUGGUGAGCAGCCUGGUGAACGAGUGCUGCGCGUUCCUGAAGGCUCAGCUGUGUCCUGAGAACUGCAUUAACCUCUGGCGUUUUGCUCACUCCUACUUCUGCGAGAAGUUGAAGCAGCAGGCCUUCCGGUUUAUCUUGCACAACUUUGAGGAGAUGGUGCGCCUCUCUGUGGACUUCCUGGACCUGACGGUCGUGCAGUUGAGCGAGAUCAUCGAGAAGGAUGAACUGAACGUGAAACAGGAGAGCGUGGUGUUUGAAGCCGUCUUACAGUGGAUCAAACAUGCGCCAUGGAAACGGAAAGCACACAUAGGAGUGUUACUGCCCAAGGUGCGUCUGGGGCUACUGACGCACUAUUACCUAAUGAACAAUGUGAGCAACAACGUUUUAGUGAUGGACGACAUGACAUGUAAGCCGAUCGUCACCAGCAUUCUGAUGGGCAUUGAUGACCUCAACCCAAGCCUUUCUCUCAGCUCUGAUCUCACGAGACUCCGCCUGCCCAGCGCUGUUCUGCUGGCCAUCGGUGGCUGGUACCAAAGGAAUCGCACCAAUGCCAUAAAAGCGUAUGAUACGCGAGCGGCACGCUGGGUAUGCGUCACGUACUCCGAUGAGAGUCCACCGUCUGCCCAUCACGGGACGGUGUAUCUAAACGGCUUCGUGUACUGCAUCGGAGGAAUCGACAGUGAGGAUUUCCUCUGCAGUGUGAGAAGGUUUGACCCCAUCACCAGAAUCUGGGCUCAGGUGCACUCCAUGCACUAUUGCCGGUGUGACGUGAGCGUGUGUGUGCUGGACAGUCGUAUCUAUGCAAUGGGAGGAUUUAAUGGCUUCGAACAUCUGAAUACGGUAGAGCGAUAUGAACCUGAGAAUGAUCGGUGGUGCAUGAUUGCGCCAAUGCACGGACGAAGGAGCAGCUCUAGCGCUACAGUACUGAAUGGCAAAGUGUACAUAUGUGGAGGGUAUGACAUUUUCGGGUGUUUGUUCACGGGGGAGUAUUACAGUCCUCAGACGAGAGUGUGGACCCUCAUCACCCCCAUGAUGAUCAGAAGGUGUGGACUGGGCGUGGUCGCGUAUGGAGGAUGGGUUUACGCUGUCGGGGGAAAUGAUGGUGUUAAUCACCUAAGCGAUGUAGAGGUGUAUAAUCCUCAGACCAACGUGUGGACACCAGGUCCAGCCAUGAACAACCAACGCAGCCACUUCAGCAUUGAGGUGCUGGACGAUCUCCUGUUCGUUGUUGGAGGAGAGAACAGCACUACCAUCAUAGAUGAAGUGGAGUGUUAUGAUGAGCAGACUUCUGAAUGGCAUGCAAUUGAAAACAUGGGGAUUUCUUGCCAUGCUCUGAGCUGCUGUGUGCUGUCUGGUUUACCCAACAUGGCAGAGUACGCUGCUCCCCGAGACGAUCCCUACAGAGUCCCUCAGAGCUCACGGAGCACCAGAGGCUACCUCACACCUCCUGCCAACGUCUGAGACGUACAAAUAAACCUCUCCCUUCAUCAGCAUCCUUUUGUUCUCAAGAAUCAAAUUAACCACUCUGAAGCAGUCAAACUACUGAAUUUGCCUUUUGCUUACUCUCUUAUGCUGCAAGCCGUUGUACUGAAACUCGUAAAACCACAACGUCCCUCAUGGAGACGUGCGAUAGAACAGUCCUGAGAGCUCUCACACACACACGUACACAUACCUGAGAUCACAAUGACAUGGCGGUGCUCAUGUGGUCAACGCUAAACAGAAUUCCCUUCACGUUAUUUUCUACGUGAUGAAACUCAACUUUGUUGACAUGUAGCUUUUGUGUCAUAAUUUAGGUUUGUGACGUAAUUCUGCUGAUUUUAGCCCAAAUUCACUAAUUUGAUAAAAUCACUGUAACGGAUCAUAUUUACGAACAAAGUUGAAGACAGGGGAUGACGAUUAUACAUUAUUUCUCUCUGUGCAUCACAGGAAUAAUUCAUGUAAGUCUUAUUAAUAUGUUUAUCAAACUCAAAUAUGACCUUGUCAGAGUAUCCACCAGUAUUUCUGAGCCAGAACGCCUUUAGAUCGGAACGCCGGAAAACUGGUUCUGUACUUUCAGAGCUCGAGUACAACGGAGUGCAGCAUUAAUACCAGCAGAUCCACAGCAAUAGACUCUCGGAUAAUACUAUAAACACACCAGGUUCAAUUACACUACAAUCAAACAAGAAAAAAAACAUGGAUUAGGAAAAAAGGACAUAAAAUAAUGACAAAGAGUAAAGGAAAAGGAGAGACAGAGAAGAGGGUGAGAGAGGAUGGGAGAGAGAGACUGAUAGAGAGAAAAUGUGUGUGUGUGUGUGUGAGAGGAUGGGAGAGAGAGAAUAUGCGUGUGUGUGAGAGAGAGAGAUGAUAGAGAAUGAGAGAUGAAUGAAGAUUAAACAGAAAGAAUAAAAUGCAGAAAGCAAGAGGGAAAAAAGUGAAAGACAAACAUACUACAUGAGGGAUUGACAGAAAAAGUUUGAAACAAAAACGUGAAAAGAAACGUAAAAAAUAUUGGAGAGAAAGAAAGAGCAAAAAAGGAACAAUAAAAAUAAUAAAUACGAAAGAGAAAGAAAUCAUAGUAGAGGAAUAAAAAAAGGUAGGACACAAUUGCUAAAAAGCAGGAGAAACCGUGGAAAAGAAGAGGAAGAGAGACAGAUAAAGAAAAAAAGAAAGAGAGGAAGGAGAAAAGCGUGAGAGAGGGAUGAAAGAAAUGAAGCGAGAUUAACGUUUCACCUUGAAGAAGAUAGUUUUGUCAGCGAUGUACUUUAACAUCCCCUGUGUGAGCGGUGGCCUGAUCACUACGGCAACACAACCCUGGCUCGGGUUCAUCGGCUGGGUGGAGUCGUCCACGCCCACCUGUUCUUCUGUCACCAGUGGCGACGGACUGCA